AGAUGAUCGUGUUGUGUGAUCAGCAGUUAAUCGUCCAUAAAAUUCAAUAUUUUCCCUAUAAUUGAACCACCCUUAAAAAACCCCCCUGAAUAAACUAACAUGUGAGUGCCAGUGUGUUCCAGCCAGUGCGUACCAAAAAAACCCCUAAGAAACAAUAAGUACAAAGAGUGUGGGGGCUCUAUUGUUUAUGUUAUGAUAUAGGUUUUAAUUGAAAUCAGCAGUGCCCCCCUUAAUGACUAUUAAUAGUUGGCAUAUUAAGGCGUAAAUACGAUUAGAUUUAGGGCAAAUUGUGAAAUAAAGGAGCCACAAUAUGACAUCAAUUACAAUGGAAGAGUACGACCUGAUGAAGGAGUCAAAGUAUCGGAUGUAUGUGGCCGCAGUGGAUAAGGCUUUGAAGAAUUUCGAAUACACUUCUGAGUGGGCAGACCUUAUUUCCGCAUUGGGAAAGUUAAAUAAGGUGUUACUGAGCUACACAAAAUUCCAAGUGAUUCCCCGCAGGAUAAAAAUAAGUAAGCGGUUGGCACAGUGUAUGCACCCCGCUUUGCCCUCCGGGGUGCACCUGAAAGCCCUGGAGACUUAUGAUAUUAUAUUUAAGUGUAUGGGCACGGACAGGUUGGCCUGUGAACUUUUUAUUUAUAGCUCUGGUUUAUUCCCUCUGAUGAGCCAUGCGGCGAUGAACAUCCGUCCAAUGUUACUAACGAUCUACGAAACGCAUUUUGUUCCUUUAAGGGCGCGACUCAGACCGGCUCUAAGCGGUUUUUUAAGCGGCAUUUUACCGGGUUUAGACACCGGUACGGACCAUUUCGAUAGGACCAAUAAGUUACUAGAAGACGUAUGCGAGGGCGUAGACCCUCACUACUUUUACACGUGCAUCUGGCAAUGUGUGGCCAACAACAGUCCGGUGAGACUGCCGGCUGUAGUGUACGUUUACGCGCACUACAGCCGGAAAAUCCCCAUGGAAGAUCAGCUGUAUCUAAUGGGGCACGAUAUAGGGCUAAUGGUUUCUGGAUUGUGUGCGGCCGUCCAGGAUGCCAACAUCCUGGUCCAGAGGUCCGCCCUGGACCUGCUCAUGGUGUGUUUUCCCAUGCAAAAUAAGCAACUUUUGUACGCGGAUAUGGUCAGGCUGGUCACUGCCGCCCUCUCGACCAUUUUACGAAGGGAUAUGUCCCUUAAUAGACGUCUUUACUCGUGGCUUCUGGAAACCGAGUCCAAAUUACCGCUGGUCCAGAUUGACGGCGAACAAUCCGACGAAUUCCCGUCCACCCAGACCCACUCUAUCGCCUACGAUUUAUUAAACGAUGCAGUGAAGGAUAUUUUGAAAAAGUCCAGUUCGAAUGUCCCUCUGGACGUGAAAUGUUACCGUUUGCUCACCUCGUUAUUCGAAAAAUCCCAGAUAGGUCCCGUAAUCUUGGACGGGAUUUUAUACGACGUGUUCAGGACGUUGUACUUGUCCUGUUUGAGUUUGCAAAAGUACAAAAACCAAACGGUGAGGUGCGUGUCCUUCAACGGGGAUCUGAGCAGCUUGAAGGGCAACGACGGGGGGUUGAACAAACAGUUCGUAUCGAAGAACUGUCAGGAAUUAGUGAAAAACGCCAAUUUACUGUUUAACACCCUGCAAAGCUACUAUAUCUGGAGCUACAUCGAGAAAUUAUACGAGGAAGCGGCUAAGAACAUCAAAAAAUUCAAAUACCGCGACCGGUGUCAAGUAAACGAGAUCGGAAGCGGCCCCCCGUUCGUAUUGGAGCUGUGCAUUUUGACCGAUUUCCUACUGGACAUAAUCCCUAUUGAAUCAUACGCGGAGAGCACCUCCAACAUCCUCCCCAGUCUGUUUAAUAAAAUAAUUAAGUCCCUCACCGCCCACGUAUCCGACCUUAACCACUACGAAAUACUGAAGAGUUUGGAGCUUUGCACGAAGAUUUUAACGAAAAUUCAACCGAUCACCAUGACUCAGAUGCAAAAGAAGUUGGAGGAGGAAGAGGAGGAGGAGCAGCGGGUCGCUAAUCAACUCCCGGAGGUUCAGAAAAGUGAGGAAACUGGUGGGGAGGAACCGGGGCCGAGGCCUAUAGAGAAAAGCAAAUCGGAUUCUAAGAUCAGUGAGAAUUUAAAUGGGUUCGUUGAUAAGCACGAGUUGACUGUCGAGGAGGGAACCAGGGAAAGGUCCUACAGUAACCAAUUUCCCAAAAAGAAAGAGAAAACGAGCCCGCGCAUCGAAAAAAAGUCAAAAAACAAGAAAUCCAAGUCGAGUUCGAAGCUGUACGACCUAAAAAACGAGGAAACCGACUCGAUUUCGUCGUCGCAACUGUCCACCCCGGAGGAUAGUUUCGAAACAUCUUCGAAAGAGGGCACCCCGUUGGCCCUCGCUCCCGCCAAAUACGAAAACAAGCACUUUCUGAAGUGUUUGGAGGAGUACAAGAGGUUUUUUGUGUCGUUCGUUAAGCACAAAAUCCUCCCGGGGGUGGACGUAAAGGCCUCCUUUAAAAAGCUUGUGUGCGACAAGGACGAGCGUACGAAACUCUUACAGCGGCUGUUGGAUGAACGUUUAACCAACAAACAGUCCGAGUUCACCCCGGUGGACUAUACGAAAACCUUAAAAAGGAAAAAGAACGGUUCCUACAGCCUCCCCAUAGACUCGAACUCAAUUUACGAAACUUGCAUGAGCGUGGCAUGCGCGAUUCUUUUGGAGUUUUGCGCUUUUCCCAAUUUGACUAAUCAUAGCGAGAAUAAAGUCCCUAAUUGGUUGGAGGCUCUCCUGGUGUCCGCUUGCUCAAGAGAGAGUUCCAGGGAGAUCCAACUGACCGCCAUGAGCACCCUUCUGGAGAUUUUCAGCCUCUCAAAGAACCAACAUUACCUAAAAAAAUAUGAGAGCGAGAAGAACAUCAUCAUCACCGGGAUCCUGGACCAUCGCCACGUCACUUUUGUAGAGGAGGACAUGAUCGCCAUCGAGGAAAUGUCCGGGAUCCUUUGGGCCCUUUUGGGCACCGUGAAAAACCAAAACCAACUGAUGGUUUGCGUGACCCUUUUGUAUCAGAUCCAUAACACUUUCGACACGAAAAUGUUCGUGGAGCAAGUGAUCGGGCGAUAUUUGUCGCGCGACAUCGUCGACGUGAAUUAUAUCAAGCAGUUUUGUUUGCUGUGGCAUUUGGGGAGGGAUUUGAACAUUAAGGUGCCCGCCCAUAAGCAGAGCUGCAGGAACUUCGACAGGUCUUUGUUGAAGAUCCUGGAUAUGCUGGAAAACGGGGAGAAACCGGCCGUGCAACUGUUGGCCGAGUCGUUUUUGACCCACAGUCUGUUACAAAACGACAUUUGCAGGAUUCUAAAUCCGAUUUUGUUGCAACUGUUGGCCAGUAAUACGGCCAGGGUGUCCAUAAGGCACGUGAAUAUCCAGGAUGGGUAUGUGAACUGUGAGCAAACUGACCAGGGCGGUCAGAUAUUGGAGGAAUCUCAGGCCAAGAAGAUUUACGCGGUCAGUAACGUUAACGGCAAUGUGAUGUACCACAUGACCGAGAGCCCCCCCGCAAAAUCCCCGAAAAAGCGCUGGUUCGCCUUUUCGAAAUCCGACAAAAAAUACUCGUCCGCUAUAAACAUGACAACCAGCCUAAACGAGGACAGCAACAGCAUCGUAACGAAGAAAAACAAAGACUUUAAAGGGUACGACGUCUCCCCCAAUUUGGAAAAACCCUCCAAAGGAAACGUGAAACUCAUUAUCAACCCUCUGAGCAGCAAAGAAAUCUACCCGGUGGGGCUGGACGGGUCUUAUGCCAGAAGGAGCUCGCAUAGUUCCUUGGACAGCUAUUCUAGCAACGACAACACUAUUAGUAACGACGAUUCUAUCGAUAGGAAAGUUUUUGACUCUCUAGCAGCUGAAAGCGGUUAUGACUCUCUGAAACAUAAUAAUAAACAAACUGAAUAUAUCAACGCCUUGGUGGAUAACGGUAAAAAAGCCUUGCUAGAAAGCAUGGAGCCAAUAUCCAACGGUAUUCGUCCAGGUUUACUGGCGAAAUCCCACAGUUUUGACGAGAAAAUCACCGAGACCACCAACACCGAAAGUUCUUUGGUGCAAAGUUGGUCCUACUGCAUCUCCGACUCGGCAAACCUCCAUGGGGAGCUGGAGUUUAGUAAAAGUGCCGAAGACUUCUUCAGAGGCAAAUAUGAAGAGUACGACAUAGUCACCGGAAUAUUAAAUAAAAUAAUCGACGAUGUGUGUUCGAGGGUGGAGCAAGACCAGACCACCCCCCAGAGACCGACGGAGUUGGACCUGAAAACGAAAAUAAACACCUCGAACUCGAAGAAUUUCGUACUUUACCCCAUACACUCGCACAUGUGCCUUUACUACGAAAUGUUCGACUCUGGCCGCAUAAUUUACGCCCUACGUACGUUAAAACGGUGCGUCCUGUGCCACCCCAAGUUGUUUAUUAAGUGCACCGCCACCAGUGGGAUAAAAAAUCUGAAAAACAAUGAGAUUUUGUAUCUGUUGGCCAGGCAUCGGAAGAGUUUGUUCGGGCAGGGGUUCGGGGGCGAGGUGGGGCAGGAGCACUUGAACUUUUUCAGGGGUUACAUGUUUCUGGACGUCGUGUUGUCGAUUUGUAUGAAUUAUGCGAGGACGUUUUUUCCCUUUUUGGCCGAGUUUAGGAGGGAGGACGUUGCGGGUGCUGCUUGGAAGGACGAAACCAUAACCGAGGAACUCGAAAACAACAUAAAAAUCCAACUGGAAUCCUUGGAAAUCCUACACAUAAUCGUCGAAAACCUAAUAUCUAUCAUCGAGGAGAACAACAACAAAGGCUUCUCCAGCUACAUCGCCGACCUCCUGGUCAAGUGCAAAAUCCAAAAAAUCCUCCUCCACUGUCUCCUCACCUCCGUAAGGGACUUCGACAGCGACAUGACCUUCGCCGAAGACAUUCUGCUCUUCAACAACUUCCAGCUGUGCAACGCGGAAAACAGGCUCGGGGAGCACGUGGAGGCUUUCCAGAUCCAACUUUUACGGCUCAUCCACUCCCUGAUUAUCCUGGAACAUUUGGUGUUUCCCAGUGCGAAAACCAGCACCGGCCAAACCACCCCGGAGGUCUCUAGCGGUUCUUAUAUUAACGAACAUCUGAAUUAUAAGCCUCUAGUGCUGAUUCCUAAGCAGCAAAUCUUCUUGUCGGCCAUCCUGAGCGCUUUGAGGAACGAUAAUAUGCGCGGGAUGCACGAAAAGUGGCUCAAUAUGGUCACCAGUUGCUUACCGUACUUUGGGAAUAAUUUGAGGCAGAUUUCUAUCAGCGUCAUACAUCAAAUUUGCAAUAAUAUCGAAGAUCUUGCGUCGAACUACAAGAACGCUUCACUGGACGAAUCCGAGCUGAGUUCCGACUACGCGGUCACACAACUGGAAUCUUUAACGAUUCUUUGCCACUAUUGUCUGUUGGACGCGUCUCAGACCGCCAAUCAGAACGUGCCGCCCGCCUCUACGAGUACCACCCCCCAAAUGGUGAACCCCGGGGAGAUUUUGAACAAUUUGGUCAAUGUCUUUUUUUCCCCGUUGAGUACCGACAUGAAUUUUUCCUCUAAGCAUACGUCGGAUCAUUAUCAGAACGCCAGGAAGACCAUUUUGAGCCACAUGCCCAGGAUUAUUUCCAGUGUGGCCAAGCUGUGGCAAACGGUCGUGGGCAUGGAAAACGACUACAGCAGCGUAUACGGCAAUUCGAAAACAGUAAAGCAGCAACUUUUAGAGUUCCUAAGCCCGAUAGCGGUACACCACGGCGCCAGUUUCUUGGCUGCCGUGGCUGUAGCCUGGUACGAGCGAAGGAGUCAGCUAAGCAUUAAGGCUGUGCUGCCAGAGCCAAACGUAGGCCAAAACAAUUUGGUUUACUUAAUUUCCGCCAUCAGGGUUAUCCCUUUGGAUAAUUUAGUGCAAACGGUCACCGCGGUUAUUAAAAACCCUCCUCCUUGCGAGGGUCUAAGCGCCGACAUCUGCCUGGACGUUUCCGUACUAGAACUGUUUUAUUGUUAUAUGCGUAACGCCUCCGCCACCCAACUGUCGGAGGCCUGGGGCUCCCUACUGUCCUUAAUAAGGGAAGUAAACUCGCUCAGUGCGUCCGCGCAGUUCUUACUGGCGGCCAUAUUGCACGAAAUGAUGAUCAAGUGCUGCCCCCUGGAGGAGCGGAAAGAUCAAAAGGAUUUACAAGAUGUCACCGCAAAAUUGAUCGAUUGCGUGUCGCAAGUGUGCGGUUCCUGUUUGGAACAAACCACGUGGCUCAGGCGGAAUUUCGCGGUGAGGGAACAGGAGGAGGACGCCACCCCGGAAAACAGCAUUUCCAGUGGCGUUCCCAGCGAUUUCCUGCUGACGUCCAGUCACAGCGUCCAGGCCCAACUGGUUCUAGCGGAAAUUCUAUCCCCGAUCCUGGACAUUUGCUUCGGGUCCUCGGAAAAGGACAAGGUGAACAACAUCCUCGCCUCCCUGAUGUGCAACAUCGUCCCGUAUUUGAAAACUCACACCGUGAAAAACAUGCCGAGUUUCAACGCUUGCUCGAAACUCUUGUCCAGCCUCAGCAGCUACCAGUACACCCGGAAAGCCUGGAAAAAGGACGUGUUCGACUUGCUACUGGACAACGCGCUGUUCCAGAUGGACCAUUCCUGUUUGAAGUAUUGGCGGGUGAUCGUUGAUAAUUUAAUGACGCACGACAAUACGACUUUUAGGGAUUUGAUGAAUCGGGUGUCCAUGACUCAGAGUGGCACUCUGGGGAUAUUCUCGUCCAGGGAGCAGGAGUACGAGCAGCGCGCGCAACUUUUAAAACGGCUGGCCUAUGUGAUAUUUUGCAGCGAGAUCGACCAGUAUGCCAAGUAUAUGCCGGAAAUUCAGGAGCAAUUGACAUCAAGUCUAAGACUGAACGUGCCGAGCAUCCAGGCGCAAGUUUUCAUGUGCUUCCGGGUGAUCCUGAUCAGGAUGAGCCCCCUGCACGUGACCAGCCUGUGGCCAAUCAUAAUAAGCGAAAUGUUGCAAGUGUUCCUGCAAAUCGAACAGGAGUUGAGCAACGAUACGGAGGCCUUCAGCUCUUACAUAAAACUGAUGUCCACCCUGGACUCGAGCUGGUCAACCAAUAGCAGCAACGGCCUACACGCCCUGGGCCACCCCCACUGGCUCCGUCUCCAACUAUCCACGGCAAAACUAUUAGACUUAGCCCUCCUGCUGCCAGCCACCACCUUACCUCAGUUCCAAAUGUAUAGGUGGGCCUUCGUGGGCGACGACUUGCACCCAAAAUCCGUUCCCGCGGACCUCCAGGGAACCUCCAAAAUCUCCUUUACCCCCCACGUGGUCCGGAUCGCCGAAAUUAUGGAUCGUAAGUUCGCGCAGGCCGAGUCGCAGAUCGACAUUUUGCCGAUGAAGAGGAACGAGCUGUUGCUCACGAUGAACUCGAUCGGGCAGCUGAAGGAUCUGCACAGUUUCUUUAAGACGUUGAGCUCGUGCUCGAACAGGCACAGGACCGAGUGCACCAGGUCGGUGGCGAGCGAUAAUUUGUUCGCCGAUCGACAGAGCGAUAAGAAGUUGGACCUGAUCUUGGAGAAGAUCGAUAAGGUGGUCGAGGCGGAUUUUCUCGAUAAAAUUGCCCGGUAGAAGUGAGUUUUUUUGGUUUGUUGUUAUUGGGGGAGGUCGAUGUGAGGCUCGUUUAGUUGACGGGGGUGUUUUCGGUUUGGGUCAGAUGUCGAGGAGGGUGAGCUGAGGUAUGAGUAUGUAAUGAGUAAAAAUGAUAAUGGGAGUGCGGAUUAAAAGGCAGGUUUUAGCUUCCCAACAUAGUUGAAGCCUAUUAUAAAAUCAAGAUUACUUAGGCUACUGGUAUAAUUCAUUUACAGCAGGUAAGGUAAUCCCUGAGGAUGUAUUUGGUGUUUCUAUAACUGAAAAAGUUUUUGAGUUAGAGCUAUGUUUGUAUAAUAGAGUCCCAACCCAGGCAAGACAUAUGAAGAAAUGUUCAUUAUAGGCAGACAAUUUUUACUGUAGUUCAAAAACUAUUUGAGUAAUAUUUAUAAUUCUUUCACAGCAAGAUCAAGUAAUCCCUAAGGAUGGAUUUGGUGUACGAAACGCCUUGCUAACACAAAAAUUCUACCAGAUAUAGCCAUUUUGGUAGAAGUCACAUUAUUUUCAAUGUUUCAACUUCUCACGUAUUAUACUUUUUUUACUAAUCUAGAGCGUUUUUUAACAAAUAUUUUGAUGUAUGAACGAUUUCUGUAGCUCAAAGGGUUUUUGAGUUAAAGCUAAGUUUGUACAGCAAAGUCCCUACCCAGGCAAGAGAGAAUAAAAAUUUCAUUAUAGGCAGACAAUCUUGAUUGUAGUUUAAAAAGUACUUAAGUCAUUUUUAUAAUUUUUUCACAGCAGGAUCAGGUAAUCGCUGAGGAUGGAUUUGGUGUACGAAACGUCUUGCUAGCACAAAAAUUCUACCAGAUGCAGCCAUUUUGGUAGAAGUACAUUGUAAGGUCACAUUAUUUUCAAAGUUUCAACUUCUCACGUAAAUAUCUCGACAUUAAUGGAGGCAUUUAAUUUGAACUUUUUUUACUAAUCUAGAGCGUUUUUCAACAAAUAUUUUGAUGUAUGAACGAUUUCUGUAGCUCAAAGGGUUUUUGAGUUAAAGCUAAGUUUGUACAGCAGAGUCCCAGCCCAGGCAAAAGAGAAUAAAAUUUUCAUCAUAUGCAGACAAUUUUGACUGUAGUUCAAAAACUACUUAAGUAAUUUUUAUAAUUCUUUCACAGCAGGAUCAAGUAAUUCCCGAGGAUGGAUUUGAUGUGCGAAACGUCUUGCUAGCACAAAAAUUCUACCAGAUACAGCCAUUUUGGUACAAGUCACAUUAUUUUCAAAGUUUCAACUUCUCACAAAGAUAUCUCUAAUGGAGGCAUUUAAUUUGAACUUUUUUUACUAAUCUAGUGCGUUUUUCAACAAAAAUGUUGAUGUAUGAACGAUUUCUGUAGCUCAAAGGGUUUUUGAGUUAAAGCUAAGUUUGUACAGCAGAGUCCCAACCCAGGCAAGAGAGAAUAAAAUUUUCAUCAUAUGCAGACAAUUUUGACUGUAGUUCAAAAACUACUUAAGUAAUUUUUAUAAUUCUUUCACAGCAAGAUCAAGUAAUCCCUGAGGAUGGAUUUGGUGUACGAAACGUCUUGCUAGCACAAAAAUUCUACCAGAUACAGCCAUUUUGGUAGAAGUACAUUGUAUGGUCACAUUAUUUUCAAAGUUUCAACUUCUCACGUAAAUAUCUCGACAUUAAUGGAGGCAUUUAAUUGGAACUUUUUUUACUAAUCUAGAGCGUUUUUCAACAAAUAUUUUGAUGUAUGAACGAUUUCUGUAGCUCAAAGGGUUUUUGAGUUAAAGCUAAGUUUGUACAGCUGAGUCCCAGCCCAGGCAAGAGAGAAUAAAAUUUUCAUCAUAAGCAGACAAUUUUGACUGUAGUUCAAAAACUGCUUAAGUCAUUUUUAUAAUUCUUUCACAGCAGGAUCAGGUAAUCCCUGAGGAUGGAUUUGGUGUACGAAACGUCUUGCUAGCACAAAAAUUCUACCAGAUACAGCCAUUUUGGUAGAAGUACAUUGUAUGGUCACAUUAUUUUCAAAGUUUCAACUUCUCACAAAUAUAUCUCUACAUUAAUGGAGGCAUUUAACUUGAACUUUUUUUACUCAUCUAGAGCGUUUUUCAACAAAAAUUUUGAUGUAUGAACGAUUUCUGUAGCUCAAAGGGUUUUUGAGUUAAAGCUAAGUUUUUACAGCAGAGUCCCAACCCAGGCAAAAGAGAAGAAAUUUUCAUCAUAUGCAGACAAUUUUGACUGUAGUUCAAAAACUACUUAAGUAAUUUUUAAUAAUUCUUUCACAGCAAGAUCAAGUAAUCCCUGUGGAUGGAUUUGGUGUACGAAACGUCUUGCUAGCGUAAAAAUUCUACCAGUUACAGCCAUUUUGGUAGAAGUCACAUUAUUUUCAAAGUUUUAACUUCUCACGUAGAUAUCUCGACAUUAAUGGAGGCAUUUAAUUGGAACUUUUUUUACUAAUCUAGAGCGUUUUUCAACAAAAAUUUUGAUGUAUGAACGAAUUCUGUAACUCAAUGGGUUUUUGAGUUAAAGCUAAGUUUGUACAGCAGAGUCCCAACCCAGGCAAAAGAGAAUGAAAUUUUCAUCAUAUGCAGAAAAUUUUGACUGUAGUUCAAAAACUACUUAAGUAAUUUUUAUAAUUCUUUCACAGCAAGAUCAAGUAAUCCCUGUGGAUGGAUUUGAUGUAAGAAAUGUCUUGCUGGCACAAAUAUUCUACCAGAUACAACCAUUUUGGUAGAAGUCACAUUAUUUUCAAAGUUCUCAACUUCUUACGUAGAUAUUUGUACAAUAUUUGAGGCAUUUCUAUAACUCAAAAUGUUUUUUCCACAAGGUUAUUCUUACAAAAUCUAAUAGUUCCACUGAUUCACUUCUUUGAAGACCAAAUAUGAUAACACUCUUCUUCCUAAGACGUCGUUCUAGUGCACGAUUAUUUAAAUUUAGUUGAUCACACUCUUUGUCGGUUUAAUUAACUGGUGUUGUUGUUCUUCGACGCUGAUUGCAAGAGUCGAGAUCUGUACAUCAAUAUGGCUUUUCAGAGUAUUUGUAAUACGAUCUUCAGUUUGGCUGUCAUAAUUUUACACAAAUAUCAUCAUUACUUAGUUAAGACAUGUCAGACAAUAAGUAAGUAUUUAGCAAACAAGGGAAAAGAAAAAAAUCCUAAGCUGGAGUUUAGCAACAUGUAAUUAAGAAGCAAAAAAUGACUAGACAGGAAGUAACACAGGGAUACUCGCUUCUCCCCCUGGGGCUUAUCAGGGCAUUUAAGCACACAGAAACACAGGCAGUCCCCGGAUAAGGUUGGGAUACACUAAAAUAUAAUUAACGACUUCUUAGUUGGGGGUUUUUGAAUGAGCCUUUCAGCUCCUAUAGAAGAGAAAUGGAUCCAAGAAGCAAAAUUUACUGGAAAAUUGACCGAAACUCCCUUGAAUUCAAUCAGAAUUUACCCUAAAACCCCCACUCGCAAACCCUUUUUCUGUGUUACACAUCUGACCCAAAAACUCCUCAAAAAACAAAUUUUAUUCGCGACCACAUUCGUGUAUCGAGGUUGUGACUUAAAUUACUCGCUUAAAAACCCAUAAAACGUUAGAAAUAAAUAAAAGCGUCGUAUACAGGGUAUAUUUUAACAAAAAAAAAACUCGCUUUCCUGCUUCGGGACGAGGUCUAGGUCGGUUUUUGGCCUAAGAACGUCAUUUGCUGCCGGUAAAGUUGUUUCCUUUGUUCGCCCAAAGAAAUCAGUAUUAAAUGCGGUGCAUUUAACAGUAGUAAUGUCAAUGAUAUAGCGUAAAUAAAGGUACCUUUGGCAAAAGUAUCUUUGGCGGCCAUUUUGUUGUUGUUGUUGGCACGACAAAAUGGCGGCCAGUACUUUAGUUUUUAGGGCUCCAGUGUGUAUACUAUCCUGUUAUUGUUGUGUUAAAGUUUAUUAAUUGAUUUUUUAAUGGAUUAAGUCUUAAAUAUGCUUUUUUCUUAUUUAUUUUUGAGUAUUUAGUCCCUAACAACGUAGGUGCAAUUUUUCAUGAUAAGCAUUUAAUAUUAUAUAUGAUAAAAUGUGAUUUUAUAUUGUGAUGUUAAUACAAAAUAUAAGGGGCUUUAUUGCCCUCCGUUAUUAUUUGUUGUCUAUAUGAUUACUUCGAAUAAAUAAAAGUGCGAUUUUUUUUU